AUGUCUCUCACUGGAAAGGUCGCUCUCGUCACUGGAGGCGCAAAGAACCUGGGCGCUGAGAUCGCCCGCCAACUGGCCGCUGAAGGUGCCAGUCUGUCCCUCCACUACAACUCGGCCAGCUCCAAGAACGAUGCCACUCAGCUGGAAGCUGAGCUGAAGCAGAAAUUCCCCUCGUCCAAGGUCGCCUUCUACCAGGGCGAUUUGACCUCUGCUGCGGCCGUCACCAAGCUGUUCAAGGAUACUGUGCAGGAGUUCGGAAAGGUUGACAUUGUUGUCAACACGGUCGGCAAGGUCCUCAAGAAGCCCAUUGGCGAGAUUAGUGAGGAGGAAUAUGACUCUAUGUUUGCGAUCAACUCCAAGGCUGCUUUCUUCAUCCUGAAAGAGGCUGCUGCCCAUGUGUCGGAUGGUGGUAAGAUCAUCUCGAUUGUCACUGCUCUGCUGGGCGCUUUCACCGGCUUCUACACCUCUUAUGCCGGAAGCAAGGCGCCAGUUGAGCACUUCACUCGUGGUGUCUGCAAGGAACUGCAAGGUCGUCGCGUCAGCGUCAACUGUGUCGCACCGGGUCCUAUGGACACUCCAUUCUUCUACCCCCAGGAGUCUCCCGAGGCCGUCGAAUUCCACAAGGCCAACGGUAUGGGCGGACGUCUUACCGAGGUCAGCGAUAUUGCGCCCAUUGUCAAGUUCCUGUGCACUGAAGGGACCUGGAUUACUGGUCAAACCCUCUUUGCCAAUGGUGGAUACACAACUCGGUAA